UCGCCGCUCGCCCCCUUCCCCGCUCCCCCUGACCGGCUGACCCGGCCUGAGCGCGCGUGUGGCCACUGGACCAGCGGCGCGGAGCCAGCAACCACCGCCGCAUCCUCCCUCCCCGUCCCGGACGCUCCUCCAGCAGUUUCCUUCCUGCUGAUUUUUUCUUCCUCCUCUCGUUCUUUCCAACUGGCAAGCAACCGCCCCUCCCCCCACCAACGACCGAGCGAGCGAGACGGGGCAGCCAGAGCGAAAGCAGCCGCCUUUGCUGCAAAAGUGCGCCGCGCACUGCUGCGUCCCUCGUCUCCUCUCUCUCAUAGCGCCUUCCUCUGGCUCCGCCGCACUCUUUUCGUUUCGGUUUCCCGCCCCCGAAGCCCCGGCGAAAUUUGAGACGCGGAGGCGGCACCGCUUCCCGUCCUCGGCGGCGCGGAGGCGGACGGCUGCGUCUGGCUCCGCGGACAUGGCGCCGGCGCCGCCGGCGGCUGAACAGCCCCAGCAGCAGCCGCCAUUCUUCGCCGGUCAACUACUCCACUCCUUCGCUUCUUGUAAUCUACUCCGAUUGGAGCAUGAGCUGCAACAAGAGCUCUCCAGCAUCAUGCUCCAGGGCUACAUUACCGGUCUGCGUCGCGAGUUCGAGACCAAGCUAUGUGAGAAUCACAACCAUAUCAGCACACUGAGCAAGAGCUGCAAGGAAAACCUUUCCGAGAUCACCGCGCUACGAGACGAGCUUAACUGCAUCCUGACCGCCGCAGCAGCUUUAGAGUCCACCCUUCUUCCUCACCACAACAAUCUUGAGAAAGCCGAGGAGACGAACUCUCUCAAGAUGAAAGAUGACAAUGACAUCCCGGAUUUUUCGCUCCUGAAGCACAUGCACGGCGAAGAACUCAUGACCUUUCUCAAGUCGGAGUGGCUGAAAUCGCGAAGGCAGCACGAGUAUGAACUACAGCAGACGACUGAAGAGCUGUUCAGGCUGAAAAGGCAUCUGGCGAAAGAUGGAGCUGUGUUGCCUUUUAGGAAAGAGAGAGAGCUUGAGUUCAUCAAAUCAAAGCUGCUUCAGACUAUCUCCAAAAUGGAUGGCAUUAUCUCGAGGAAAGAGGGCUCUGGCUCUCAUUACAAUGAGGAUGAUGAGCUAUGCAGAUUGAAGGACAGAAUUGGUUCUCUGCUCGACGAAAAUGAACAUCUCCGAGGUUUGCUGUCCGACAAAAGAAAUGAGGCUAAGCAGCUCUCUGCACAAGUAGUCGACGCGCAAAGCAAUGUCGCGCAGCGCUCGCUCUCCGAGUCAAAACUCUGCGAUGAGCUUCAAGAUCUGAAGAUUGAGAGCCACUUGAAAGAGCUAUUGGAACUGUCUGUAUUAAGAGAAGUUUUUGGCAGUUACGAAAAUCAGAUUGAUGAUCACAACCAGGAGGAGUGCUUCCUCAGAGAGUUGCUUAUGGAGAAAGAAGAGCGGUUACUUACCAUGUCUGGGGAUAAACGUAAGCUCAAGUAUGAAAAUGACCAGCUUGUAUCUAUUGUAGGAUCAAAACUGGUUCAGCAUCAUGAGGAAUUCGACUUGGUUAACGAUGAGCUUACGAUGUUCAGGGAGAAAGUGUGCGAGCAAGAGCUGCUGAUCUUGGAGUUCAAAGGCGAGUCGAGCUCGAUGAAGAGCUGUCUGGAUGAGGCCAUCCAGCAAAUCCAUGUGUGCAAGCAAGAGAUAGUUGGGCUGACUGAAAGCUUAGCUUCCAUGUCUGUUGCUUUGGAGGAAGCAAAAGAGCAAAAUGCCUUGCUCGACGCGACUAUCUGGGAAAUGAAGAGAACAGCAGCGCCACGCACCGACGGUCAUAUAGGAGAUGAUGCAGGCCCCCUAGAGCAAUUUACCCUUGUUAGUAUGGAGAAAUUGUCUAAAGCAUACAGUGAUUUCGAAAGCAGAUUAGCGCAAAGUAUGAAGCAAAAUGAUAUAAGGUUGACUAGAAUAAUUCGUCGGUUCAACCCACUGGUGCAGCAAGUUGCUGUACUAAAGAAGAAGGAAUUCUGGUAUAAACAAAUACUCGAGAUUAAAUGCUCGAAUCUUGAAAAAGCAGAAGCUGAGGUUGAUGUACUUGGCGAUGAAGUUGAGACCCUCUUAAGUGUUCUUGGUAAAAUCUAUAUAGCACUUGACCAUUACUCUCCUGUCCUGAAGCACUACCCUGGGGUGACCGAGAUUCUGAAUGUAGCCCAUAAGGUGUUGAAAGGAGAAAGUAUUGAGCAAUACAACACUUUGUUAAAACAUUAACAGCACAGAUGUUGACUUGGACAGAUCCUGAGAAUAGUUUUGGCAAGUUUUAGCAUACAGGGAGGAAAACGAAGAUGUUAACUUAUAGAUAUAGUUGCAGUCAAAGUAGUAGAGACCAUUAUUGGAUUGCUAGUGUGACCAGGGUGAUCUCUUUUCUUAGGCUUCAUUUGUAUCAUAUCAGUGUGCAGUUUGUAGUUGUCCAUACAAAUCCGUAGGGUUCGCUGGUGUUCAUUAUAGCUUUCAGGUUGGAAUGUGGGUGUACCAUUUCUCUGUUUUCUGAGAAAAUCGGGUGAUUGUUUCUCUGCUUGCAGCAAGGCAGCUUGUUACAGUCCCAGCUUGCAUUGUCAGUGACUGUAUAAGUCAGUCCUAGUUUGUAUUGAAUUGACUAUGAUUAUGUAUCUGUAAGUUGUAACUAGUGCAGUUUUUUUCA